AGCGCAAAGUGGGCUGCGCCAUGGAAUUGGGGACUGAGCAAGAGCCGGAUCAUUUGAUGACAUUGUUUGUGAUUGUUUUGAUUUUUAAAAAUGUAUCCUGAUCUGAGAACAAGUGACCACUGAUACUGCACUGAUUAGUGAGAAUGAGAUGAGCUGAGCCUGCGCUUGAAGGCUGAAGUAAUUAGGCUCCACGUAACUUUACACUUACAGACUCUCGUCAGACACAGCUGAGCCGUGAGCGAGGCUGAGGCGAGCUGGUCCAGGCGCAGCGGAGUGUGCCUGCGGCUGGGCAGUGUAUACAGUCUUGCAUGUUCAAUGUUGUUGCCUACAUGUAGCCUAUCCCCAUCCACAAACGGUACUUACUCAGCUGAUUGAUACUGGCUUACUGAGUCAGCCCGAACAGAAGUGGCGACGUCCCCGGGCUAUAUUAUUAGCCUAAUUAAUACUCAGACUUUGCCUUGGUCUGCGCCUGUUUAUUGUUGCCUGUAGGUUCCCCAACGAUCUUGUCCCCAAUUCAUCAACUCACUUCAGGAUGCCACUGUGCUUCCUCUUCAUCAUUUGUUGCGUGUAAUACUAGCAUCAACCAUAUUAGUUGUCGGAACAUUUGCAUGUUACAUUCGCCCUGCACUGUCAGUCAAUCGCCACUCACUUUUAUCCUGAUUUUGCCUCACUUUCUUUUGAUCUAAUGCUCCAAAGAAUGUCAUCUCAUUGGCUUAGUCCACCCAAAGAUGUACCUGCCCGUCGGCUGAGCCGCAGCGCAGAGAAUCUGGCUUCAGGAGGGCAGACUGCCACGCUGCCACCCAACAUUCAGACGGUGCGACCAUCGUCACCCCAACCGUCAUCAACAUUCACCAGAGGUUUCAAGGGAUUAUUUCACCGUAAACGGGAGAUUGAUUCAGGCCAUCCAGAUGUGUCACCCACUGGGGGCGACAGUCAAGGGUCGCAACAGCUUUCAUCCUCAGCCAAUGACCUCCAUCCGGUGUCAUACGCGGGUAAUCUACAUGAUCUCCCAGAGAGACCCAGUGCAUUCAAUCGAGUUCUUCAACAAAUUAAAACUAGGCCUACUACUAUGAAGAAGCCGCAACCAGAGGGUAAGCCAGAUAGUAAGAAGGGCACCGCAUCCAGAACCAAAUCAGACGGGAGCGACAACGAGAGCACCAUGCCUUCUUUCUCUGUUUCCGGUAGCACCAGGGAGGAGGCCAAGUCCUCUGCCAAGAGGUUGUCGGCAUCGAGAACGAAGGACGAAGAGGGCAGGAGUGCGCUGGAUGAUUGCGAGUCAGUGACGUUAGGUAGAGAGCUUGAAACACAGAUGAGCACGACCCCUAACUAUGGAUCUGACAUGGAUGAGGUGGAUAGUAGCUCUACUCCAGACCCACAGAGAACCAAGGCCCUCAUUGAACAUUAUCUAACAAAGAUAGAAAGGACUAAAGAACUUAUCAAGGCUGAACAAAAGGCUAAAGAUGAUAAUGUAACAGAGUACCUGGCAUUAGCGGAGCAUGCAGAUAAGCAGCAGAUUUCCAGAAUUAAGACUGUCUUUGAGAAAAAGAACACACGAUCAAACACAAAUAUUUCAAACUUACAAAAGAAGCUAGAGAAUUAUCAGAGAAGAUUAUUUGAUUUGGUGAACUAUGGUGCAUCGGGACCAAGGAAACCUAAAGAAGUCCUCCAAGGAAUGCAUCAAGGUCUAAAGGGCGUUCGGGACAAUAUACGAGAAGGAAUAACGGGGUUCUCGGGUGGGGUGGCAGAUAAGAUAGGCGAGGGUUUGUCGGGCCUAUCGGAGCUCACUCACACCGCAGCAAGUGCAAUGGUCUCCAAACCUAAGGAGUUUGCCAGUAAAUUCAAGAACAAAUUUGGAAGUGCAGAUAACCUUGAUAGCAUAAAUGACGAUGAUGAUCAAAACUCCAUGAAUAAUAAGUCCAAAAGUAGCUGGUUUGCACCCAUGCCUGUGGAUGCAUUAAGACCGAGGUCGGCAAGUGAUGGAGAAGAGACCUACAGCCUGACCUCUGGAUCAGGACCCAACAAUAACGGGCAUCCGUUGCUAGGUGAGGAUGAUGUUGAGCAUCCGCUGGCAGGAGCUGUUAACAAACUCCAAAGAACCGUCCAUGAGUUAACAGCUUCCCACUCCAGACUUCAACAGAAUAUAGAAGAUUUACAGAACCAGUUACAGCAUCAAUUACAGUACUUCAACCAAACUCUGCAAGAGGAACGGUAUAGGGCAGAGAGAUUGGAAGAACAGCUCACCGAUUUGACUGAUCUCCACACGCACGCAAUGAGUAACCUCCAACAGGAGCUUAGCUCCGUUCAGGAGAGAUUAGAGUAUCGUAUGGAAGAGAGGAGUAGAGAUUAUAUCGACUCUGUUGAGCAGUGUCAAACAAGGAUAUCCAAAAUUGAGCUUGCGCAACAGCAUCAGCAAGUCAUCACGUUAGAAGGUUACGAGAACGCCAACGCGAGGGCAUUGCUCUCAAAGUUCAUCAACGUCAUACUGCUUAUACUAGCCGUCAUUCUUGUCAUUUUAUCCAACGCUGUCAAUCUCGUCUCUCCAUUAGUACAAACCAAGUCUCGUCUUUUAGUCACAAUAUUCAUCGGUGCAGGGCUCUUCUAUCUCUGGCAACAGAGGGAGAUUAUCGACGGUGCACGGCGGAACUUUGCUCAAAACUAUAUACAUUAUCUGCCCUUCCAGACUCGGUGACACGCAAUCAUCAUUCCAUCCCAGCCACGUUAUUUCUAAUAAAUGAGACUGAUGGACAUAUCCUUGUCCUUCCCAUGCACAAUUCUGAUUUAGUGGGACUAAGAAUUUGACUGCAUGGAGUCCCCCACCGUCUGCAUUGAUACAUGGGACUGAAGAUGAAUAUCAAAAUGCAUCCUGAAACCCGAGUGACAGGAACGGAAGUGGAAUAAGAAAAGGAUAUGAAGUCCUCCUCUUCUCCAAACCAGAUAUGUUCAUUUUCCUGAGGAUGGCAUUUAUUGUACGUCUUUACAAUUAUUUAUUGUUGGGACCGUUGGUCUUGCAGAUUUUCUCUUGAAAUAGUUUGAAACCAGGCAACUUAAUUGCUGAUUCAAGACUCUACAGAGAGAGGGAGUCCUGUCAAUAAUAAUCACUUAGGAUCUAACCAAACUCAUAGACAAAUCAUCUCAUUUUCCAGAAUGUUGUUAAGCU